AAACCAAGGGCAUAGUUUUUACGAAUCCCGGUAAACCUCAUCUUUACCGGAGGCCACCCACUAUAAAAAUGGAUGGGGUUUCUAUCAAAAUCACUACCACUAUCAAGUAUCUAGGGGUCAUCAUCGACCACAAGCUAAACUGGGCUGACCAUAUUGCCUAUAUAACCGACAGGACUAACCAUCUAUUCAACACUGUCUCCAAGGUGGCAAAGUCGAAGUGGGGGCUUUCCCCAGCUAUUCUUUCUACAAUCUAUGACAGUGUCUUUCUACCAAUGAUCUGCUAUGCCGCCCCAGUGUGGGCUGGCUGUUUAGGCCGUGUGCACAUUGAACGGAAACUCCGUAGUGCACAACGCACAGCUCUUCUUUGUAUCUGCCGCGCCUUUUCUACUUCCUCCACGACUGCCUUGCAGGUCAACUCUGGUAAAAUGCCUAUUGACCUUGCUAUUUCAUUGGCUUCCAAAGGUUGGCACGUUCGCAAGGGUCACAGUAUCUGUCUGGCCAAUCAAUCAUCAUUUACCUCUUAUGAGACUAAUUGCCACCUGUCAGAUCUACUUCCUCCCUUUCUUCGACCCCAAAUCAAAAACCAGCCUCUUGACCAUGAAGAUUUAACCAUCUAUACUGACGGCUCUAAGUCUGAGGAGAAUGUUGGUAGUGCGUUUGUGGUGUAUCAGGAUGGUGUGGAAUGCUACUGUGGGACUGGUCAUCUUGCCUCAAACUGCUCGGCGUAUCAGGCAGAGCUCAUCGCCAUCUUGAUGGCUAUUGAGUGGUGCAACAACUACAAAAGCAACAACAGGAUCAACAUCUUUACAGACUGCAGAUCUACAAUUGAUGCCAUCAAUUAUCAUCUGCCUAAGAACCCCCUUGUCAUCAAGAUUCAAGCAAGCAUUGCUGCCUCUAAUAACAAUUUCGCCAUCUCAUGGAUUAGAGGUCAUGCGGGACUGCUUGGCAAUGAGAGGGCUGACUUCCUUGCCGGGGAAGCCGCCAGUCUCUCUUUUAAUAUGUGUCUUUAUUCUCUCACACCUGCCUCCUUCAUUAAGCAUCUUCUCAGAACAGAUGCAAUUAACACCUGGCAAGAAAGAUGGAACAACUGCCAUGAGGGUCGGACAACAUGGAAAUUUUUUCCUAACGUUCCUACCACUAAUCCUACCUUUGAUGGCCACGACACCCACCUGUUCACCCAAUUUCUGACCGGACAUGGCGGAUUCAACAGUUAUCUUUGUAGGUUUGGUGUUUGGUCACUCUGACAGCGACCAGUGCAUUCAUUGUGGUGUUCUGGACAGAGUCCAGCACUAUAUCUUUCACUGCCCUAUGCUGGAAGACUCCAGGGACUCGUCUUUUUCUUCCUACAGGCAGCACCUGGCCCUGCCAUGAAAGCUUUCUCCUACAGGAUGGUAAUUUGUUCUCAGCCUUCAAGAACCUUGUGAAGAACUAUUUUCGCCGUACCUCAAUCAAGUGAAUAGUGCUCUAAGGACGUCUCUGCAUCUACGUUAUUGUACUGUUUGUUUUUGUCACUGUGUCUCCCACUUCCACUUCUGCAGUUCCUGCAUUAAUGGCCCUAUUCAGUGUAUGUUUUACUUGUAUAU